AAUACAUCUUUAUUCUUGCCAUUUCUCUGUCGUCCUUUAUUCGAGACUUAAGACGUCGAGCCUGUGCUUUUCACUCUCUGAACCUCUCUUAGAUGAUAGAAUACAUGCUGAGACCCUUUCGGCCCUCGACCAAACUUGGUGGGAUUCACGUUUGUCUGCAGCUCUUCGCUUUCAAGCUUGUGGUUUGAAUUCGUAUAAGGAUAUAAUUUGAGGAUAACGCCACACACCCCUAUAAUAACUACGUCUAGGAGUUUCGAAGGAUAUUUGUUCGCCAUGGAUAGCGACGUUGUGGCCCAAUUUUCCGAAAUUACCGGUUCAAAGCCGGAGCUUGCAACUCAGUACCUGCAGUUGACCGACUUCAACAUUGAGCAGGCCAUGCAGCUGUACUUUGAAAACGACGGAGCGGAAUUAACGCGCGAUCCGGUUCCAUCAAAUUCUGCAGCAAACAGAGCAUCGCGUUCCACAGGCUACGAAGAUGCGUCGGGGGUAGUGCACCUGGACUCUGAUGAAGACGAAGCUCAAUCUACGCCACGAAACCGGCCAUCAAAUACAUCAACGCUCGAAGACGAUGCAGCUAUGGCACGCCGUCUACAAGAGGAAAUGUACGGAGGACAAAGUGCUGCCGAUGAAGUGCGUGCGCCGAUGGCCCGUACCACUGAAACACUUGUUGGACCAGAGGUAGACUUUGCGGAUGAUAUGCAUGAGAGUAUCUUAGGGCAAAUCCGGAAUCGUCAACGACGCACAGAUCGACCUGGUAUUUUCAACCAGAGAGAUACUACGUCAAUAUGGGCCGGCGAAGAGGAGGAAGAGUCCCACCGCGAAAGGCUGGCGGCAGCAACAGGCGGCGCCUCCGAGAGAUCGAGCAAAACAAAUCUGCUUGCAGAACUGUACCGCCCACCUUUCGAAAUCAUGUCAAGAUUACCUUGGGAUCUCGCUCGGGAAGAUGGCCGUGAGCAUGAGAAGUGGCUUCUGGUGAAUAUUCAGGACCCAUCCAUCUUUGACUGCCAGGUUUUGAACCGUGAUUUAUGGAAGGACGCCAACGUCAAGGAGACCAUACAAGAGCAUUUCAUAUUUCUGCAGUACACCAAGGAUGACCCCCGUGCCGCGCCAUACCUACAAUAUUACUUCCAGGCUAGUGACGUUUCUGAUAACUACCCUCAUAUUGCCAUCGUCGACCCGCGGACGGGUGAACAAAUGAAGAUUUGGUCAGGCCCUCCGGUGGUGAAGGCUGCUGAUUUUCUGAUGCAACUUCACGAGUUUCUCGACCGUUACAGCUUGAAGCACAAUGUCCGAAACCCAGUGGCGAAACGGAAACGCGAAAUUAAGGAGAAGAGCAUUGAUGCUAUGACAGAGGAAGAGAUGUUGGAGCUAGCAUUGAAAAACAGCCUCGGGGCGAACGCUGGACAGUCUCGAAAGAUGGAAGACCCCGACGACUUAACGCGGAGCGCUGGAGACGUCAAAGGCAAAGGUAGAGCGGUCGAUGACGAGGACGCUGAGAUGGAUGAGGCAGACGAAAGUGCAGAUGCAGACGCUGAGACAUCCGCAUUUUGGUCUAUUGCAAGUGAUCGACCACACACCGAACCUCCUACUGACCCUGUAACAACGACACGCAUUCAGUUCCGACAUCCCACCGGAAGAGUCAUAAGACGUUUCGCAUUGAAUGAUCCGGUCAGGAGGAUUUACGAAUGGCUGAAAGCCGAGCCUGUCCUGAAGGAGAAAGCUGGCGUUGAAUUCGAGCUUAAUGCUAUGGGCCGCAACUUGAUUGAUGCUCUAGAUCAGAGUGUGGAGGCUGCCGGUCUGAAGAAUGGUACCAUCAUGAUAGGAUACAUCGAGGAUUAAGGAUGACGGGGAAUGGUAUACAGAUUAUGAUGGCCGGCAGAUUUUCUAUCUAUCAAACCCGAAAUGAUUCGUCACGGAUAAUGACUUACCACAUAAUGAAUUCGGAUUUGGUUGAUAUAG